AUUUGUAAAAAUAGUGGUAUUUGAAUGCACUAAACCAUCACGCUGUGAGGGAAGACCACGUCCGUCACCGGUGUUGUCUCGGAUUCACACGUCUCGCGGUCAAGGAAUUAGGAGUAGUGAUGACAGAUAGAAAGGUGAAUUUGGCUCAGAAGGUUGAUAAUGGGGAUUCUCCUGCUAAGAUUUUGAGCUCAGCUGCGCAGUUUAAAAGAUGGGGUAGGAAAUACCCGUUUCUUCGGUAUGGUCUUCCGCUUAUUUCCCUCACAGUUUUAGGAUCAGUUGGGCUUGCCCAUCUCAUUCAAGGCGGUAAAGAAGUGAGUAAGGAGAAAGAUGAUCUUGAGUGGGAGUUGCUUGAAUCAACAAAAGCAUUGUCAAGAACAGGACCUAUGGAAGGGUACAAACCGAAAAAGUUCUCUUUGGAGGAAGAGCUCAAGGUUUUACAAGAGAGGGUUGACAUAUACAACUACGAGUACAAGAAGAUUCCUAAACCAAAUGAAGGGAAUGCAAACACUAAGUAAUUCUUUCCAUGAACUUUUUUUUUAUCCUAACUUUUGUAUGAAAUGACUUUGUUAGCUUUUAUAACAAAUACAUCA